AUGUCCUCCAAAACAGUGCUCAUCACUGGUUCCAGUGCCGGCGGCAUAGGCCACGCCCUCGCGCUCGCUUUCCAAAAACACGGUGCCACCGUCUUCGCAACCGCGCGCUCCAUAUCCAAAAUGCAAGAUCUCGCAUCGCUCCCCAACGUUCAUCUCCUUGCUCUCGACGUCACGUCGCCAGCUUCCAUUGCCGCAGCAGCCAAAGAGGUGGAAGCAAAAACAGGUGGCAAGCUCGAUGUACUCAUCAACAAUGCCGGAGUACAGUACGUGAUGCCAGCACUGGAUGUCGAUAUCGAGAAGGCGAGAGAUGUGUUUGAGGCGAAUUACUGGGGUCCGUUGCGCAUGAUACAGGCGUUUAAGCAGAUGUUGGUGAAGGCUAAAGGAACGAUUGUCAAUGUUGGGAGUGCAGCUGGGAUUUUCUAUGUGCCGUUCCAGAGCCAAUACAAUGCGUCCAAAGCUGCUAUAAACCAGUAUUCUGAAACACUUCGGAUGGAACUUGCACCAUUGAACGUUAAGGUGGUCACGCUAGUGGCGGGAAACGUCUCAUCGAAUAUGGUCAACAAUGCGCCGCCACCUACACAGCUCCCUGAACACUCCUUCUACAAGCCUAUCGAGAAAGAGAUUGCAAAGGAGGAGGCGUUUACGAACAUGUCAACAUCAAAGUUCGCUGAAGAAGUCGCCAGCGAGGUACUCAAUGGUGCGAGCGGGAGAGUCUUUAAGGGUGCUAAUUCGGGUGUGGUCAAGUGGUUGAUUCCGUUCCUACCCCAAUGGAUAUUCGACAAAUUGGUCGUGGCCAAUGGUAGGGGCUUAGGUAAGAUGCCGAAGCUAUCAUAG